AUGGAUGACUGUAUUCUUUGCGGUGAUUACUUCAAUGACUUCAGACGACACCUCGACAAAACAUGGUUGGAUGAAUUUCGUGCAGUCUACUGUGUCGACGAAGAGUGUCGAAUUUCCGGAAUUGGCCGUGACCACGGCUAUCUUCAAGGCACAGUGCUCGUCCCUUUGGACGAAACCACAAGAUGGACUGACCGCGGCGUGCUCUUCAUCCGCGUCUCUAUGAUGAGGCGGCCCUGUCGAAAUGUGGAUCGUGCCCGGGGCUUUAUUUUUCAUGAUUCCUGCUGGCGGCUCCUUAAAGAAGUUUACAAUCAGGACCCGAUCCCACUGAGGCGACUUCUGGAAGUUUGUAAGUCAGUGCCCGUUGAUGACCACAAUCGUUUACUGUGGUCCCAUGAAUACGGCAGAAGGGAGUAUAAUUACCAAAUAUGGGAUCAAGUGCCUUAUGAUCCAUACAACGUACCAGACGUUCAGCACAUACUCAGCAAACCUCUACACCUCCCUCGGUUUCAACCUAGCAGGAAAGCGAAAUGUGCCAGGAAAGAACAUGGAAGAAAAGCAAAUAAUCCUACGAGUACAAUGCCAGACCUGUCAAAUGACUCACAUGAGAAAAAUUACUUCAAGAAACUCCCGUUUGAGAUACUAGAAGAAAUAGCCUCUUACCUGGAGGUAGCGGACUUUCUUCGUCUCCGUUCUGUUUCCAAACCUUUCUGCCCGAUAUUCUCCAGUCGCAGGUUUUGGAAGAUCAGAUUUUGGAACGAGCGUGGAUUCAUAUUUGAGGCCCUUGACAGUACUAUCAAACGUCGCCUUAACUGGCAAAGCUUAUAUUGGCAUACCAACGGCCCAAAGCUCUCGCUAGCCCUAUCCAACAGGAAAAGGGUUUGGACGCUAAACCAGAUGCUGCAAGAGAAAUUGGAUUUGAGAUGGAUCGAGGACCCAAAGUUGUGCCACGAUGAUCCAGGUGAUGUGAACUGGGAGUGGAGAGAAGUGCAUGGGGAGAUGAUCGAGGAGAGCUUUCGAGAAUUCUCCAACGGUUGUCGCCGCUUUCACAGGCGAUGGGCUACUCUGCCUCCCAAUGUUACAAAAAUCGGUGUCUCAACUAUUCAUGAUGGGAGGGAAAGCUACGUUACGGGCAUGCAAGUUAUAUCAGAGGGAAGCCAACCUCUUCAAAUCGGUUACAUGAACCCCAUAUCAGCAAGGCAGGUCUUUGCAGAGAUCACCUCUCUCGAAGGCUUUACUGUAGCUGUCGGACCUGGGGGAAUCCAAGCAGUACAAAUGAUCAUGGGUAACGACUGCCAAUCUGGUUGGUUAGGGAGGCCUGAUGAAGAGGCAGCAGUCACUCGCCGGCUGGCAGCCGGUGAGCCAAUAUCUGCUCUUGCUAUGGGAUUCGACGGAUACAAAAUGGUUAGCCUAGCAGUUGGUAAAAAUACACUAAUGCCAAACACGCGGCCCUUUAGCGACGACUUACGGGAAACUGCGUUGUGGCACCGCAGGAUUCCUGGCCCAAAUCAUCAUCUGAGCUAUGAGUCGUUUGUGGGGCGAGAUCCAACUUUUGGUUAUUCUCCCCUACACGUCGCUUUGUUUGGUGGGCCUGGGGGUUGUUAUCUUCGCUCGUUGUUUGGGAUUUCGGUGUCUUACGCCGACCACGGUAUAAUGGGUAUCGACUUUUUACAUCGUGAUGGACAUGUUCCUUACGAAUGUUGGCGACUUGGCUAUCACACCUUCGGAUUGCAAAGGGGCUUUUAUAUUGAUGGACGGAAUGGGGAGCUUAUUGAGAGCGUGGACAUCGACACAUUCCAUUAUCCUGACGAGGUAGUACACGGCAUCUCCAGGCAUGGAGUGGUGAAAUCUCUUAGAGCAAAUCUACACAAACCGUGGUAG